CAUUUUUUCUGAAUAUUUUUAAUAAAGUGCUGCCAUGGUGCUUCCGCUCCUCCGGCACGCAGCGAUCGCACGCACGUCUUCUCGCUCCUGCCUCCGGCUUCCACACUCGAAAACCAUGGUGUUAAAGUGUCCGCCAAUGACAUAGUUAUUAAAGCAGUGGCAGUCGCACUGAGGAAUGUACGACAAGCUAAUGCUUUCUGGGAUGCUGAGAAAGGAGAAAUUGUUAUGUUGGAGGGAUGUUGACAUAUCAAUUGCAGUUGCAACUGAGAAGGGCUUAAUGACUCCAAUUAUCAGGAACGCUGACCAAAAAUCUAUUUCUGCUAUUUCCUUAGAGGUAAAGGAGCUGGCACAAAAGGCACGAUCUGGAAAGCUUGCUCCCCAUGAGUUUCAGGGAGGGACAUUCAGCAUUUCAAAUCUCGGAAUGUAUCCUGUGGACCAGUUCUGCGCAAUCAUUAACCCCCCUCAGGCUGGAAUUCUAGCAGUUGGUAGAGGGAAUAAAGUUGUUGAGGCACUUAUUGGAGCAGAUGGAGUUGAGAAGCCUUCGGUUGUAACGAAAAUGAACGUGACGCUAUCCGCUGAUCAUCGAAUCUUUGAUGGACAAGUUGGAGCUUCGUUUCUGGCUGAAUUGCGUUCAAACUUUGAAGAUGUUCGAAGACUUCUUCUUUGAGAAAAGAUUCAACUGUUGAUCAGAUAGAAUCUUGGGGGAUUACUACUACAUAAUAAACCUUGGACACACGUGCAUAUCCACUUUUUUUCUUUCCAUUUGGCUACCAACUAACAAAAAUAUUGGUUUUGGUUUACAAUUCUUCUCAUAGAUUCGUAUCUUCCUGAAUCCUGAAGUAUUUUUGUUUGCCAGUCCUCUGAAAAAUAAAUAAUUUCUUUAGCAGCUGCCAAGAACUCAA